AUGUUCAGUCUCCUUGUCAUGACUACCCUGCUUGGGGCUUCUUCAUUCGGAUGUGGGAUGCUCCCACUUUCAUUUGUAUUCUCGAAAACCCACCUUUCCCAACUAACAACGCUGGGAUCGGGGCUUUUACUUGGGACAGCCUUAGGUGUCAUAAUUCCAGAAGGAAUCGAAGCUCUUGCGGAUGCUCAUCCCUCAUCUGAAAUAUCCGCUCCUCGUGUUGCUCUUUCUCUUCUGUGCGGCUUCACCUUCAUGCUCAUCGUUGAGCAAUUGUUCUCUCUGCAUUCUCAUUCUCCCUCUUCCGCCUCAAACUCAACGGCGAACGUCAAGCCAACCAAUUCUGAAGUUCAAUUUGACGCUGAGUUGGCCGAGCUCGAAGGAGAACAAGGAAUGGCACGUUCAACAGUUGACUGGGUAGCACCUGUUCAAGCAGAAUCUUCGGCUCAAAUGCAAGCAAUUCCUUUAACUCUUGGACUGGUCAUUCACAGCCUGGCGGAUGGGUUUGCUCUCGGUGUCUCCUUCUUUCCCUCGAAUGAAUCCAAAAAUUCAUCAAGUCUUUCCGCUAUCGUAUUCCUGGCAAUCAUCAUACAUAAACUGCCUACGUCCUUAGCACUCACCUCUUCCCUUCUUGCUACGUCUCUUCCUCGUCCUCAAUGUAAAAAGCAUCUGGCCGUCUUCAGCGUAUCAACACCUAUCGCCGCCCUUCUUUCUUAUGUUGCUCUUGACUUCUUUGGUGGUGCCGAACAUGCAGAUUGGCCAGGAACUGCUCUCCUGUUAUCCGGCGGAACUUUCCUGAAUGUGGCAACGCUCGUUUCUCAUCGAUCAGAUGCAAACCCUUCCGAAAUGAGCGAGAGAAUGCGUUUGACCCUCACAGUCCUUGGGAUAUUUCUCCCCUUUCUUCUGAGCUCACUGCUUGGACAUGGUCAUUAG